CCCUGCUGCUGAGGAUAUAGUUUGCAGGUGCAGUCAGCCUCGGGGACGCGCACGGCUGCGCGUUCAGGCUUUGCACGGUACCUCCCACUUCUCCAGCUUGUUUAAGUGCUGGCCUCCUCCGCUUCAAUGAGCGCUAUUGUUGAACAGACUGUGCGCCCCUGAACGUUGCCGGAGCCGGGUCUCCAAUUCUGACAGACGGAGCGGAGCCAGUGCGCUGCGGCGAUACACCUUUUGGUUUAAACUCCUUGUGGACGCUAACUCUGCUGCAAACUUUUAGAACAGUUUUUUGGGGAGAGUUUGCAUUGAGACACGCCGACAAAAGUGGAUAAAACAUUUGAGCAAAAGCUGCUCGAGCGCAUUCCCGCGGACUUUGGAUUACUUUACCAAGCCUCCUGUCCUUUCUUCUCUCAGCGCUUGAUAUACAUGCAUUUUAAGAGUUUCAGGCCCGACAUCACCAUGCUGACUUAUAUCCUUCUCUUCUUUGCCUCAUCUGGUCUGGUGUCAUCCUUUGAGUGCCCAGCAGACUGUUCCUGUCAACCCCAGGACUCAAUAUUCUGUAUUCAGCGACGGUCCAGCACUGUGCCCCGCGUCCCCACCAGCACCCGAAAUCUCUACAUCUUCCAAAAUGGCAUUGAUACUUUGGCCCAAGAUGACUUCAGAGGUCUGGGGGAGUUGGAGUUGUUAGAUCUGAGCCAGAAUGAGCUGGCAGAGGUUCCAGAUGGUGUGUUUGAGAUGCUGUCAAAGCUGAAGAACUUAGACCUGUCAUCUAACCACAUCACCCAUAUUUCCAAAGAAAGUUUUUCUGGAUUGGUCCAACUGGAGAGGCUGUAUCUCCAUGCAAAUCGCAUCCAGAGCAUCCAUAUGGAAGCUUUUGAUGGCUUAGAGAUGCUACUGGAACUCAAGCUCCAAGGGAACCAGCUCACCUCACUGCCAUCUCUUAAUUUCCCCAAUCUUCUGCUUCUAGAUCUCAGCAACAAUAACAUCCCAACCCUGGGACCAUCAGACCUCCAGACUCCCCACUUGGAAGCCCUUAAGGUGGCCUCUUUGGGGCUUAUCUCUGUGAAUGAGGAUCUCAUAGCCUCCCUGGGGAACCUCCAUGACCUCGACAUCUCCAACAACCAGUUAACUGAGGUGCCUCAGGCCCUAAAGCAGGACUCCCUCAAGGGAUUGAUCAAGCUUAGCCUGGCUGCCAACUCGUUGGGUGAGCUCAAGAAGGAGGACUUCCAGAAACUGAAUGGGCUCCAAGAGCUGGACCUCAGUGGACUUAAUCUCCAGGGAUUUCCUCACGGUUUCUUCCAGACCUUCCCCAGAUUGACACUUCUGACAGCAGCUGAGAACCCAUUCAAUUGCUUGUGUCCAUUAGCCUGGUUCCCUGUCUGGCUAAAAGAGAGGAGUGUGAAUCUUGGGAGACCUGAGGAAACUAGAUGCCACUUCCCCCUAGUUAAUGCUGGGAAGAAGCUUUCAGCACUGGAGCACAAAGACUUUGGGUGUCCACCUACCACAACAUUGAUGAUUGCCUCCCCCAUUGGGAGUACUCCUGUUCCCCAGAUGCCAACCACAUCUCCAGAAGCCACACAUACCAAUGCCAUUCCUCCUCCACCUCCACCCAGUGAGGAAACCCUCUCCUCAGAAACAGACAGCUACCCCCUUCCACCAGAACCUCCAGUUUCCCCUAGCUCUACCAGUGGGGAAUAUGAGCAGCACAUCUGUCCAGCAAACAUCUGUCUCAAUGGGGGCACUUGUAAUUUUGACCCGUUGGGGCAACUGGGCUGCCUGUGUCCCUCAGGAACCUCGGGCCUAUACUGUGAAAAUGUGGAUGAGGUUCCUGAGCCACCAAAACCUUCAGCAACAGAAGUGUCUGUGGUCGCCCCUGAGAUACCUGCUGAGCUUGAUGCCAUCAGCUCACGCCAGGUGACCUCCACAUCUAUCCUUCUUGACUUGCACCGCUUCAUCGAGACACGGCCACACAUCCGUGGCAUCAGGCUGACCUACCGUAACCUCUCAGGCCCUGACCGCCGUCCCAUUAUUCUGAGUGUGCCGGCAUCCUACCCUGAGUAUACUUUGCGUGGUUUGAGACCUAACUGCACCUAUUCAGUCUGUGCCACUCCCCUGGGUGAGAGAAUGAAUUCAAGGGUCAACAGCUCUGUAGAAACUGGGUCAUGUACAGAGGCUCGCACCGCAGGGGUUCCACUGACAUCCUCAGAGCCCAGGGUGGAGACACAGAGCCAGCUCACAUACACUCUCAUACCCGCCCUGGCUGCCCUGGCACUGGUGCUGGGGUUGGCUGUGGUGGUUGGUACAAUCAUCUGUUUGCGUAAGAGGAGGCAGGCCAAGGCAGGAAUGGAACUGGAGCUGGGCCCUGCUGAUCCUGAUCCCAUGGAACUGGAGGGGGUCAAGGCCUGCCUGGAGAACGGGGGAAAUGGUACGCUACCCCACAAACAGCCUGAGAUUGAUCGUUGUCAUACUCCUCAGCCACCUCCAUCCUUGCAACAAAAUGGGGGUUUGGACUAUGAAGUACCUUUGAUGCAAGGACAUUGCCCAUCAAAUAAUAAUCUAGCAUCCCUAAAGCCAUCUUAUUUCUAAGAUGCAAUAAAAUACAAACACUUGGAAAGAUUUUGGAGCGAGUGGGCUUGCCCAUCGAGACUUGUGAGAUCCUGUUGUGGCUCAUUUGGUGGUUAAAAAUCAAAUUUUCAUUCCAAUUUCAGAUAUCCAUAAUUUGAAAAGUGGCACUUAUUAUCCUUUAUUGUCCAAAUGACAUGACUACAGACUGGAUCAUCUAUUUUAGAGAUACUGAAUGAUGAAUUUAAGAUUACAGCAUAUUGGAAAUGUGCUACCACUGUGGGACAGUGAACAGGAUAUGGUUUAAAGUCAUCCAGCAGAGUUUGAUGGUGGUGAAACCUAACCAAGUGAUUAAACUAAGUGCAAUCGACUAGAAGGGUCUUAGUAGCAGACUGAUAACGAAAGUGCCUUUUUGCAUUGACACAACUGUAACUGAUGGCUCAUUUUUAAAAGGAUUCUUUGUUUAUAUAAAAGAAACUAUUUGAAUGAGCUAUAAUCCUGUUGCUGGAUUUGGAAGAUACUGCGUUUGGUCUACAGAACUGGAGGAAAUGACAGUGAUAUAAAUGAAAACAGUGAUGCAGAUGUAGACUCGUCUUGACCACACGUCCUGGUACAAAAUUGGAUUUCAAACAACUCCAGCUGCUCCACGGGGAUUAUAAAAAGAACUUGCACUGAAGGGAGAUAUUCCUUUUCCUUUCCAGUGUCACAGUCACGAACUGCUACAAGACUGAUGGUCACAUGAGAAAAUGCAAUAACAAAAAAAAUUGAAAAUACUAGUAGAAAAAGAAAAAGCUAAUAGGUUGAUAACCAUAAAAGCUGUCUAAACUCCAUAUUUUGUUGUUGACAUUAUCUAAUCUGAAACAAAACUUCAGGUUUCUACACAUACGGAUUUGGAUUCUUCUCUGUCAACAGAUCUAUCAAUAAUUCUCUCCACACAUCCGAAAGCUUUUGGCUCCAUGGGAGAUAAAUUUGCUGUGAAAGAUAAAUGGACUGAAUGAAGAGCCAUUGAGAAAAGACUUUGCCUGCAUUGUUCUGUGCCGUGACAGGAAGGCUGUUAUGUUUAGCUGAUUUUAUGAUAUUCUGUUUUUGCCAUGUGUUUUUGUAUUUUUUAUCAUGUUUUUUUGCUGUUGAUGUCCAUUCAGUAUUGCUAUUGUUGUGAGUUGAAACAUUAUUAAUUGUUCUCCCUUGAAAAAUCCUGCUUAAUUCAUUAUGGAUUCCAUAAUUUUAGCAUUUUAUGUUACAUGUAGCUGAAACUUUCCAGAGCUCCUUGCAGUGAAUGCUGAAGUAAAUACUAGCUUAAGUUCUUAGUAGAUCUAAACUAAAAGCAACCAACAGUAAAGAAAUAUCCAUUAAAAAGUUUUAAUUAAGAUAUUAAAUUAAAACAAGGUGAUUUUAACAUGUUGAGGUUCCCCAAAAUAGGUCUGGGGAACUCACCAACUGAAUGUAAUUGUAAAGUGUCAGAUACUUUAUUCUCUCUGCCAAGUCUGCCAACGCUCCAUAAAGACAUGGUUAAGACAAGCCUCAGACUGUUUUUGACCGCCAAAGCUUCAAAAUCUGUGUUCAAAGGACUUUUGCCACAGAGCCCACUCUUAUAAAGCUGCACACGCGUCCCGAGAAAAGCAAUUUCAAAGUGCUUUGAGGUAUAUUGCUGAGUGUCAGUGAGUUUUAGGUACUUGUUUCUUCUCAGCACUGCUGACCAUAUCCUUUCUGAUAUAAGGUCUAGACAGUGCCCCCCUGUAGCUUUUAGUUCUUUCACACCCUAUCCUCUCUGCCCCACCCCACCCCCACUUCAUGCAUCAAGUGUGUUUUUGGUCAACAACAAUUAUUGGCUUGUG